UUAGAGUCCGCAAUGGGCCUCUUCAGUGAUGAACAUCCAUACACGGCCGUGACUGAGCGCAUCAUUCGACUCACGAGCAGUGAUUACGAGGAGGAUGACCUGUCUGGCCUGCCGGAACUCAUUGAAGUGGUCAAGAUACAAUCGACAGGACCCACUGAAGCGUCGCGCGCCAUCAGGAAACGCCUCAAGUACGGAUCGCAUCAUCAAAUUGUGCGUGCUUUGGUUCUACUGGAGGCACUCGUGGCCAAUGGCGGCAAGUCCUUUCAACGCCGUUUUGGGGACGAAAUGCUGCUCGAGCGUUUACGCACCCUGGCAACAGAUCCAUUGACGGACAAGGAUGUCAAAAUCAGACUAGCCAACAUGUUUAUUGGUUGGAAUGACGAGUUCAAGGAAGAUCCACAAAUGCGAGCGGUGGCUCAUCUCAAAGACGCUUUGCCGAAACGUAAGAAGCCUGUAGCUGCUGUGCGUCCGCCGACGCCUGAUUCUGAGGAUGACUAUGUCCCUAACAAGAGUCGUGGUCACAGUCGACAGCCUAGUAUGGAGGCAUCUGGACCUAGCACUCCCAAACAGCCUGCAAGAAGGCCACAAACGGAAUCGCCCACGGCCAACAGCAGUAACAGCAGCAAGAAUAAAUCCAAGGCGCCAGUCAAAGUCUCAUUGGAAAAGGAAAAGCCGAUGAUCCUGCAAACGAUUGCUGCUGCGAAUCAAGCCUCCACCAAUUUGCGAAAUGCACUGAAGCACGUCAACAAGGAGGAUGCGAGUUUCUUGAAAAUGCCUCUCGUGAUCAAAUCAGAAAAGGACUGCAGGGAACAGCGGCGCAAAGUGCUACACUACGUCGCUGGCAUCGAGAGUGAGGAGUGGGUAGGCACCUUGUUGCAAACGAACGAUGACUUGGUGGCUGCGUUACAGCUCUUUGACACUUACAAGCAAGUGGCAACAGCCCCUGACUCGGAUGAGGAGCAUGACAUGGAUCUGCGACGACGCUACGUUGACGGCAUACAUGGCGUAGACGAAACACACGAAGUGCCGCCUCGAAAGCCUACGCGGCCUCGAGCGCCUGUACAGGCAUCAGAUAGCGAAUACGAAUCGGAGCAGUCGGAGGAAGAAGAGGUGGAGGAAGAAGAGGAAGACGAGAACAAUCCAUUUGGCAAUCAAAAUGAGGAUCUGGAUUUGAAAACACCCGCAAUCGAAAAAUCGCAGCCGCGAUGGUAG